UCAUAUUCCCCCACGAGCCUCAGUCGUCGACCAGCAGCUGCAGCUGAAAGAAGCUUCUCUCUCUCUCCACACCUCCAAAACACCAGACCACACACCUGUCGCCUCCCACAUAACACUACCGAGUAAGAGUGGCGGCUCCACCACCACCGCUUCCUGGUACCAGCUGAAGAACUGAAGAGAGCCUGGAGAAGAGCUGAUUAUUAAUAUUGUCAGAGAGGACGAAGAAUGGAGGACUCUCAGAUGAAAAGUAAACCACCAGCUAAGCGAACUGAAGAAGAUGCCCUUAGAGAGCUGAAGUCCAACGGAAAAUGGGCAGCUGGGAUCACUAUCUUCAGUUACAUGUACGGAGACCUGACGGUGGCCAGCCAGCUGCCUCCUGACCCUCGGCAGGACUCUUGGCUCCUCAUGAAGUCUCCUCUUCCUACACUCUUCAUUUCUCUCACCUACAUCGCUGCCGUCACUUGGUGGGGACCACUCUAUAUGAGCAAAAGAAAACCCGUAACUGGACUCAAACCGAUAAUGAUCGCCUACAAUGCCUUCCAGGUCGUGUUUUCUGCGUAUCUUUUCUAUCAGGGUGGUAUUGGUGGAUGGUUUGGUGGCUACAAGCUGGUGUGUCAAAAGUGUGACUUCUCCUACAAUCCAGGGCCUAUCAGGAUGAUGCAUGCUGGUUACUGGUACCUCAUCUCCAAGUUUAUUGAUUUCAUCGACACGGUGAGUGAAUUCUAAUCUCUUUGCAGGUAAUUUAGCAUACCUCUAGUCAUUUGCGAUAGGCUAAGGAAUCAUGUC